UGAUUUGCAACUUUCCCAGUACCCAGCUAGAGAUAAGCCUCAAAAUUUCCAUUAUAGUUUCUAAGAAAUGGAGACUUAGGAAUAGCUGCAUAAUACAUGGUAUUAUAAUUUUAAGGCAAGCAGUAUCUUUCAUGGCUUCUGCAUUAAGGUGUCCACCGUUUGAAUUUUCUGGCAAGUACUAUCAUGUGUCUGAAAAUGGAGGUGGGUGUAUAAGGCAAACCAGUUUCUUUGAAGGCAAACCAGUGCUUAAUCAAGGAAUAGGCUAUUCUGUGAUUCUUGGUUUUGGAGCUUUCUUUGCUGUCUUCACCUCUUUCUUGGUGUGGCUGGAGAAGCGGUAUGUUGGGUCCCGCCACACCUCUGAAUGGUUCAACACAGCUGGUAGAAGUGUUAAGACAGGGCUCAUUGCUAGUGUCAUUGUGUCUCAGUGGACAUGGGCUGCUACAAUCCUACAAAGCUCUAAUGUUGCUUGGGAGUAUGGGGUUAGUGGACCUUUUUGGUAUGCUAGUGGGGCUACCAUUCAGGUAAUGUUGUUUGGAAUCAUGGCUAUAGAGAUUAAAAGAAAGGCUCCUCAUGCUCACACUGUGUGUGAAAUUGUCAAAGCCCGUUGGGGAACUUCUGCACACGUUGUUUUCCUCUUUUUCUGCUUCUUGACCAACAUAAUUGUAACGGCUAUGUUGCUGCUUGGUGGUUCUGCGGUUGUAAAUGCAUUAACUGGAGUGAACCUUUAUGCUGCUAGCUUUCUAAUACCACUUGGAGUAAUUGUCUACACACUAGCGGGUGGAUUGAAGGCCACAUUCUUGGCAAGCUAUAUACAUUCUGUCAUAGUGCACAUUGUUUUGGUCAUUUUUGUCUACCUUGUCUAUACGGCUAGCAGCGAGCUUGGUAGCCCUUAUGUUGUUUACAAUCGCUUGCUAGAGGUUGCAAGCACAUCAAGAACAUGUCAGGAUCCUAUAUCACAUCAUGGGCAAUCUUGUGGUCCUGUUGGUGGGAAUCACAAAGGUUCUUACCUUACAAUGCUCAGUUCAGGUGGCUUAGUUUUUGGGAUUAUAAACAUUGUUGGCAACUUUGGUACUGUGUUUGUUGACAAUGGAUACUGGGUGAGUGCCAUUGCUGCAAGGCCUUCAUCAACUCACAAGGGCUACUUGUUGGGAGGUUUGGUCUGGUUUGCUGUGCCAUUUUCUUUGGCUACAUCAUUGGGUAUAGGAGCUUUGGCCCUUGAUUUACCAAUAAAUGAAAGUGAAGCAGGUCGUGGACUUGUUCCCCCCGCUACAGCUGUAGCUUUGAUGGGAAAAGGAGGAUCUAUCCUGCUUCUUACCAUGCUUUUUAUGGCUGUGACUUCUGCUGGUUCAUCAGAGCUAAUUGCGGUGUCCUCAUUAUGCACAUAUGAUAUUUAUCGUACUUAUAUAAAUCCUAAUGCAAGUGGAAAGGAAAUCCUCAAAGUGUCAAGGGGUGUUGUCCUAGGCUUUGGGUGUUUCAUGGGAUUGCUAGCAGUUAUACUGAACAAGGCUGGAGUUUCUUUAGGAUGGAUGUACCUUGCAAUGGGAGUUCUGAUUGGCUCAGCAGUUCUUCCUAUUGCUUUUAUGCUUCUAUGGAGAAAAGCAAAUGCAAUUGGAGCCAUUUUUGGAACAAUGGUUGGUUGUGUUUUGGGAAUCAUCACAUGGUUGUCUGUUACAAAAAUACAAUAUGGCAAGAUAAACCUUGACACAACUGGCAGAAAUGCACCAAUGCUUGCUGGAAACCUUGUAUCUAUACUAACUGGAGGAGUAGUCCAUGCCAUCUGCAGCAUGUUGUGGCCUCAAAACUAUGACUGGAGUACCACCAAGCAAAUCACACGGGUUGAAAAGGAGAAGGCUAACCUGCCAGCAGAAGAGUUUAAAGAAGAAAAGUUAACUAGAGCUAAAGCAUGGAUAGUGAAAUGGGGUGUUGGUUUCACUGUUUUGAUAGUCAUACUAUGGCCUAUUGUCUCCCUCCCAGCAGGGGAGUUUAGUAAGGGCUACUUCUAUUUUUGGGCAGUGAUUGCUAUAGGAUGGGGUACUAUUGGUUCUGCAGUGAUAAUUAUUUUGCCACUAACGGAGAGCUGGGAAACCAUUCAAACUGUCAUUAUGGCCAUGUUUACAAAUGACAGGCUCAUGGAAAAGGUGGAGGAGUUAAAUUUCAAGUUGCACACAAUCAUGCAGGCAAUACCAGAAGCAGAAAGACUUUACUUACUUGAGAAAGAGAAGGCCAAAAAAUUAGAAGCCUCAGAGAGAGAUGCUUGUUCUCUUCUUGCUUUUGAUCCCAAUGGACCAAAGGAAAUUCAAGAGAUAGUUUAGCUUUUAGAAAAAAUAUUUUCUAUUUUUAUUAUCAUCUGUAUAAAUUAGUCAACAUCACCUAAUGAAACAAGACUAUUGUUUUUGUACUAUCAUCUAUAUAAAUAAUUGAAAAUAUGAAAUAAAG